GGGCCAGUUCCGGUUGCGCAUGCUCAGAGCCUGGUUACCAGCGUAAACAAAUGACUUCCUUCCGUGUUAUUUGACGUUAUAUUUUGCUGAAAAAAGAAGUAUGUUGAAGGGAACAGAAGCCAUCUACGUCUCCACAAUCCUGGAGGAUUGUGUGGAUCAACUCAAUGUCCUCGGUAACAUCAUGCCUGUCUCCUACGAGGGAAGACCUGAUUCUGACGAGAUGGUUACAGAUGAAAUAAGUCGCCUUGUGGAUGGUCAGAAAACCCUCGAAAAUAAAUAUGCCAGCGCUCUCAAUCGUAAACAUGGUCUGAGGAUGAGCAAAGGUCCCAUGAAGGACAUGCUGGAAGCUGACCGAGGCAUUCAGAGUGCUGGAUACGCCCUGAAGGCCAGCACAGCUAUGUUUGCCCGGGGAAUGAAACAGAGUCCUCUAACUGAAGAUAAUCUCCAGAAGAUUCAGAACGAUCGAGGAUACUUGGAACAAGUUAUGAGUAGCACUUUGGCCGAGUUGGACCAGGGCGGCAGUUUUGAUUUCCUUCUUCGGGCAGUGAAUGCCGAGAAACAAAAGAAGGCACAGUUACAGGACAUGAUUUUAAAGGAAGAGGAAGGUAGAAAGAGAGUAAAGACGCUCCACCGCCAGCUUCAAGAUGUCAAACGUGAAAAAGAGGUGGAGAUCCAGAACAGAAAUGAGAUGAUUGCCCAUCUAAAAGAUCAGCUCCAGGAGAUGAAGGCCAAGACGAACAUGGAGGGAAAAUAUAUCAAGAAAUGUGCCGAUGUAGCCGUGGCUCAGACACAGAAACGCUGCUUCAUGUCGGAGAAAGACAUGAAGGAUGAAAUUGAGUCCCUGAGACUAAAGAUUGACGAAGAGACGAGAGUGAAUGCAGAGAUUGAAUCAUAUCUUCGCACACAUCAAUCUGAUCUUGAAUCAAAAGUCGAAUACUGGAUGGAAAAAUAUGACAAAGAUGUAGAAGCCAAGCAGCAUGAGUUAGACGUGCUGAAAGCGUCAAAGGCCAAAGAUUUGGAGAGGUUACAAGAACUAACAAAACUUUACCAAGAAUACGAACAAGUCGUAGUGGAAGACAGAAUAGAGAAGGAGAAGAUAAGACGCAAGGCCGAGCAGGAAGCACUCGAGUUGAAAUCAACCGUCAAGCUGCAGUCAUGGUGGAGAGGGAUGCUGGUUAGGAAGGGUCUCGGUCCGCACGGGAAGAAGAAGAAGAAGGGAAAGAAAGGCAAGAAGGGAAAGAAAUCUGGAAAGAAGGGCAAAAAGGGGAAGAAGAAGAAGUAAAGGGGAUUCAGUUAAUAUUUUGUUUUCAGGAAUUACAUGGGAAAUAAAAUGUGAUAUUUGUUGAGACUAUUUUUAAAUGUCAUUCUUUGACGACUGCUGGUCAAGAACUGUCCUGUUACAUGUACUUUUGAAGUGACAGCUCCGAGUGCCCUUUGUUGAUCAGGAGUCAAUUUGAUAAUUUUGUCAAGUUAUUGGGGCAGUUUCAGCAACAGAGAAACAUGGAAGUAAUCCGUCCAGCUUUUAUGAUGUUUACUGAAAGAAUACAGUCAACAAGGACUGUUUCACAAGACUUUUGAAAUCAAUGUGUACAUUAUUUAUCAAUAAAACCUAUUCUAUGAUGAUAAAUGACUCGAUCUCAAUCAUUCGAUUACCUGC